UGUCCGGGCUGCGCGUCCCUCACUCUGGAUCGGCAUAAAUGAAUGAAACACAGGGGAAUAUCGACAGACAACCGCACAGGAAAACUCUCUGUCACAGCAGCAGUCUGCCAGGAGGAAUUUAUGUCGGGCUUGACAAGCAAAUCAACAUGAGUUUUCCCCUCUGGAACUUCAUCUCAAGCUUGUCAAAUGUGUAAAACGGCGACCGGUGUCGUCUGCCCCCCUUACGAAGGAGUCACGCUGUGAUUAACGGUCAGGUUUUUGACUGCCAGGACAAAUGAAUACAAAUGAAUUUAGGCACCCGAAGGAGAGAUUGCAGAACCUCUCAUCUAGACACAAAGAGAGCCCUAUUGCUCUGUACAGUUUUAUAUUGUACGUGUUACCUGGGACUUACACAAGUACACUCUGAAGAUGUGGACAUCCUCCAAAAGUUGGGGCUCAAGGGAGAGAAGCUGUCUCGCUCUGUGCCAGCAGGGGUCAUUCCAUUCAGAUCAGGGAUCAUCCUCAACCAGCGGGCGCACAUUGAAACUCCAUUGCGCUCUGUCAUCCCAUUGGCCAUCUGGCCCAAUCUGGCACUGGUCCUGAGUGUGCGCUCACACCGUGUCAACAGUGCUUUCCUCUUCACCCUGCUUUCAGGCCGCAAGAAGCUCCUUCUUGGUCUGCAGCUUGCUCCGGGCAAUCUGGUCCUUCACACUGGACCAAACACUUCGGUGGCACUGCCCUAUGAUCCCCAUGAUGGUCAGUGGCACCAGCUGGCAGUGGAAAUUAAUGGACAGAGAGUGACUCUAUAUGCCUCCUGCGGAGAGCAGAGUGUUCAUGCAGAUUUUGGGUGGGACAGUGAGGAAGGGCUGGCUCCAGAGCUCCAUAGCUCCUUUUUACUGGGACAGUCAAGCCAGCAGCAAGCUUCAGCACACUUUGAAGGAGCCAUCUGCCAAUUUGACCUGGUCCCUUCUGCACAGGCAGCUCACAACUACUGCAGGUACAUUAAGAAACAGUGCAGGGAAGCAGACACAUACAGGCCCAACCUUCCUCCCUUGUUGCCUAUCCUACCAAGAGAAAAAAACAUCACAGCUACCGCCGCUACGCCUAAACAUGGUGGUCCGGUAACAGCCAGAAAGCCCACAGGGUUAAGCCUCGCCAGGAGUGUUGCCGCUGCUGCCUCUGCUGUUAGAUAUGUAGCCCCUACUCAAACAAUAAAGCCCAGUUCUGGGACCAUUCCUACACCUUUACUGGCAACAGUAAUGCCAGUCACAGUUCAGCUUGGUUUAGCAUCCCCACCUCCCAACACCAGGACGGAAACUGUCACAGCACCACUCAGGACAAGAGUACACCCAACAAAACCACCAAACUCAAAACCCUCCACCUCUAAAUCUUCAAAUCCAAAACCCUCUAAACCCACUCCCUCAAAGCCCAUUCCUAAUAUCACGUCCAAAAAAACAGUUGCAGGAACAGACAACAAGAAGAAACCUAACUUUCCAGCCACUACCGACACCAAACCCUUCAAGACAAAGCCUGGACCUACCUUAUCAGACCAAGGUGCAGUCCCUAAGAAACCACCACCCACCACAGCCAAGAAAACACCUUCCAAGCCUAAAGUUACACCAUCCAAAGCUUCUCCGUCCAAGCCCAAAGUAAAUUCUGUCAAAGUUUCCACAUCAAAACCUACAAUACCCAAAGUUAACCCUUCAAAACCAACAGUCUCCAAAACUACAACUGCAAAAACCUCCAAGCCAGUCUCAAAACAGGUCAUCAAUCCAACAAAGCAAGCAACAACUACCAAGUCUCCAGUCACCCAAAGACCAAGUAGACCUUCAGACAACCCAGUAACACCACCUGCCACUGAUGGCUUCCAGAGCUGGGAGGUUCCACCAACUCAAUUCUCCCUCCUGGAAGGAGCUAUAGGACAGAAAGGAGAGGCAGGCCCAUCGGGACUGCCAGGACCUCCAGGGAAGGCGGGCCUGCCAGGCAAGAGGGGUCCUAGGGGCGCCCCUGGUCCCCAUGGAAACCCUGGCCGACCUGGUCCAUCCGGGCUCAAGGGGAGAAAAGGAGACCCUGGCAUUUCACCUGGACCAGCACCUAAAGGAGUGAAGGGAGACUCAGGGAUUGUUGGCCCGGUUGGACUGGCUGGCCAAGAAGGGAGGAAGGGGCAGAAAGGUUACCCUGGUCCACCUGGACUCCCUGGAGAGUCUGGAGAGCAAGGUCCAGUCGGAAGCCCAGGUGCCAAAGGUUAUCCUGGCAGGCAGGGUUUACCAGGGCCUAUAGGACCAGUUGGGCCUAAAGGCGUUCGGGGUUUCAUUGGAAUCCCGGGGCUUUUUGGCCUUCCUGGGCCUGAUGGCGAAAGAGGCAUUCCUGGCGAACCAGGGAAGAGGGGCAAGAUGGGUAGGCCGGGGUUUCCAGGCGACUUUGGGGAGAGAGGACCACCUGGACCAGAUGGAGAGCCAGGUGAGAUGGGAGCCCCCGGUCCAAACGGAGUUCUUGGACUUAUUGGUGAUAUGGGACCUGUGGGAGAGAUGGGCCUUCCAGGACCUAAUGGACUGAAGGGGGUUCCCGGAAAUCCAGGAGAACCAGGACUGAAAGGUGAUAAGGGUGAAAUUGGGAUUCCUGGAGAACAAGGGGAGAUUGGGUACAAAGGAGACAAGGGUAUCCAAGGGGCUCCAGGUUUGCCAGGCAUCCAAGGAAAACCAGGACCGCAGGGAAAGGUAGGAGAGAAAGGUCCAGACGGUACACCUGGACCUCCAGGCCCUGAGGGUUUUCCUGGUGACAUGGGACCACCGGGAGAGAACGGCCUUGAAGGACUAAAGGGAAAGCCAGGAGUCAGAGGUUUACCGGGACCACGAGGGGUGCCUGGCUUGGAGGGUAAUGAAGGCCCGAUCGGACCACCAGGACCAACAGGGCUUGAGGGUAGACUGGGCCGAAAAGGAUUUCCUGGAAAAGUUGGGCCAGAGGGACUUAAGGGAGAGACUGGUAUCACAGGAAAUGUUGGAGCCAUGGGGGAAAGAGGCUUGGUGGGUUUCAUUGGACCUGUGGGAGAGUCAGGACUGGCAGGAGAGAAGGGUGAUCGAGGGGAGAUGGGCCUUCCCGGACCAUCUGGAGAAAAGGGAUCAACGGGUCACACAGGAACACCAGGUGCAACUGGGCCGACAGGACCACUAGGAAGAUCAGGCCCUCCUGGAGCGGCCGGGCCUGCCGGUACCAGAGGACCCAAAGGCUUGCGGGGAGCGAUCGGGCCUGACGGCCCAACGGGAGAGAGGGGGUUAGAGGGCAAGGCGGGCUUUGAUGGUCCUCCAGGAAAAUUAGGUUUCCCUGGACCUCAGGGGAAGAUCGGAGAGUCGGGUGAAACUGGGCCUAAAGGUUUUCCUGGUAUCCAAGGGCCUUCAGGACCUCCAGGGGACAAGGGAAUACCAGGCGAGCCGGGACCACCUGGGCCACCAGGGACGGUGGGACUGUUGGGAGAGAUCGGCCAAAAGGGUCCUCCAGGCAAGGUGGGGGAACCAGGACUGCCAGGCGAGCCAGGAGAGAAGGGAGCCAUUGGAGCUGACGGGAACAUCGGAGAGCAGGGACUGAUAGGACCACGGGGAGAGCCAGGCCUAGAGGGAGAAGUUGGUUCUGCUGGUCCCGAUGGAGCCAAGGGUGACAAAGGCGACAUGGGUCAGGAGGGCGACCAAGGAGAAAAAGGAGAAACUGGGCUAAAGGGAAAGGAGGGCCCGCUUGGAAGUCCUGGACUCACCGGCGUCAGAGGUCCGGAAGGGAAACCUGGAAAAUUUGGUGAAAGAGGCAAACUGGGCCCGAAGGGUGCAAAAGGUCAUCAAGGUCACCUUGGGGAGACUGGGACUGUGGGGAAGAUCGGACCACCAGGUUUUGUUGGGCAGAAGGGGUCCAGAGGAACCAUUGGACACGUGGGAGCUCCUGGUCGGAUGGGUCAACAAGGGGAAACUGGUCUUGCAGGUUAUGAGGGCCAUCAGGGAACACAGGGCCCGAUGGGUUCUCCAGGACCAAAAGGUGAAAAGGGCGAGCAAGGAGACGAUGGCAAAGUAGAGGGUCCUCCUGGUCCUCCAGGUGACAUAGGUCCUACUGGUGACAGAGGAGAGAGAGGAGAAUCAGGAGAUCCCGGUUAUAAAGGUCAAGUUGGCGUGGAUGGAGAGAGAGGCAGGUCUGGAGCUCCUGGACAGCCUGGACAGCCUGGGCCUCGAGGGCAACAAGGACCCAAAGGAGCCAAAGGAGAUCAAGGUCAAAAAGGCAAAAGGGGUCUGUCAGGACAAAAAGGAACCCGAGGAACAGAGGGUGUGGGUGGUCCUCCUGGUCCCAGAGGUGUGGUGGGCAGAGAGGGACAGGAGGGUGUUCCCGGGCAGGACGGAGUCCCAGGAAAGGAUGGCAGUAAAGGCAUGCCGGGAGAACAUGGUGACGAUGGGGAGUUUGGUCCUUCUGGCAAAUCUGGCUUCCGAGGUAAAACUGGUGUUCCAGGACUCCCAGGAGAUCAGGGGAGCUUUGGAGCAAAGGGGGAGCGGGGUCUUCGAGGUCAGAGCGGACCUCCAGGGAAAAGAGGCUUCAGAGGUGGGAUGGGACUACCAGGGCUAAAGGGAAACCAAGGACCUAAUGGACAACCUGGUGAUACAGGGGAGACAGGAUUUCCAGGAAUUCUGGGAGUUUUUGGACCGAGGGGGCCUCCAGGAGACUUUGGGCCAAAGGGUAUACGAGGACCAAAGGGGCCAAUGGGAUCAAUGGGCAGAGGAGGAGUUGCUGGCCCCACUGGAAUUAUUGGUCCCAAUGGCAGCGCAGGUCCUAGAGGGGAGAAGGGGAACCGUGGAGAAAUUGGAUUGCAAGGUCCAAUGGGAUCUCCUGGACCUCGUGGACCUCCAGGACUUCCAGGUCCCCCGGCUGUCCCUCUGUCAUUCAAAGAAGAUGGUGUUUUGUUCGCGGACUCACACACCCUACACAGGACUGAGAAUAAGCCAGUGAUGGACCUGCCUAUGCUGGACCAAGGCGCAGAGAUCUUUAAGACCCUCCACUACCUCAGUAACCUGAUCCAGAGCCUGAAGAACCCACUGGGCACUCGAGACAACCCCGCCCGCAUCUGCAGGGACCUGCACAGCUGUGAACAGAAGCUAAACGAUGGCACUUAUUGGAUUGACCCUAUGGGCUGCUCGUCAGAUAAAAUAGAAGUCUCCUGCAACUUUACUGGAGGUGGACAGACCUGCCUUAAACCAAUAACAGCAUCCAAGCCAACGGUCAGCGUCGGCCGUGUCCAGAUGAACUUCCUACACCUGCUGAGCUCAGAGGCAGUGCAGCACGUCAUCAUCCACUGCCUGAACGUCUCAGUGUGGAGGUCACCUGAGGGUCAGCCGGGUUCCCAGUCUGUGAGAUUCAAGGCCUGGAGUGGGGAGGAGUUUGAGGUGGGGGGAGAGCUUGAGCCAGAAGUCCUUGAAGACUCCUGCUGGGUGAAAGAUGGCCACUGGCACCAGACCCAUUUUGUGUUUCACUCCCUGGACCCCACCCUGCUCCCUGUGAUCGACAUCUACAACCUCCCCGACACUUCUCCCGGCUCACAUUACCACCUCGAAGUAGGUCCUGUAUGCUUCCUGUGAUGGCUGCAGUGUAACACAUAUGAUCACAGAGGAAGGAUGGAUCAUCACCCCCACAGGUGACACCCUCGUGCAGGCGUGGGGACCAGAGCAGCCUCCUCCAAUCCAUGGCAAAACAAGCGAGUACGAGUCUCCCUUUGCCAAACUCCCAUUGGACUGCAGACACAGAGGGAGUAAACGCG